AUGUUGGAUAUGGGUUUCAAUCCUCAAAUUUCUCAAAUUGCAUCUCAAAUUACUCCAGAACGACAAACUCUAUUUUUCAGCGCAACUUGGAAUCGUGCUGUUCAGUCCAUGGCCAUGUCUUACGUAAGCAAAACCGAGCCACACUUUAUUGUAAAUAUUGGAUCGAUAGAGACCAGUGCCAAUCACAAUGUUAAGCAAUCCUUUAUGUUUAUUCAAGAUAGCGACAAGAUGGCAAGACUAAUUGACAUGUUGGACAAACUUAUCAAGAAUCCUGAGGAUUGUAGAACCUUAAUUUUUUGCAAAACCAAGAAACGUACUGACUUUGUGACACAAAAAUUAAGAGAAUCAGGUUGGCCCUCACUAAGUAUUCACGGAGAACGAAAGCAAGAGGAAAGAGAGUGGGUUUUGAAUGAAUUUAGAAGUGGAGACACUCCGAUUUUAGUUGCGACCGAUGUUGCUGCAAGAGGUUUGGACAUUGAGAAUGUGAGAUUUGUCAUUAAUUAUGAUAUGCCUCACGAUAUUGAUUCCUAUAUUCACAGAAUUGGUAGAACUGGACGGGCAGGCAAAGAAGGAAAUUCUGUUUCGUUUUUCACUCCUGAUGAUGUUCAGUUGUGUGCACCACUCAUCAAGGUACUUGAGGAGGCUGAGCAAGAAGUGCCUGAAAAGUUAUUGAAACUGCACGAUCUCACUAUCAAGUCGCACGGAGAAUUAAGUAUUUCUCAACAAAAAGCAAAGGACAAGCUUGAUAUUUUACAAAAUAAAAAGAAAUAA